AUGCGGGCAAAGCGGCGGGUUGUAUGUGACAGCAAUCGCGCAAACUGUAAGGGAAAGCAGCUACAUGGAGCAUCCGUCGGCGAAGACGAGACCGAACACAACACGUGUUCCUGCGAUCCCAACGACACACCUCUACCUGAGCGAAGGUUUGCCGAGUCCAGCGUCCCAGAGUCCAUCUCUUAUGACCGCCAGUUUCUCCAAGGUGUGCUCCGACAACUACUGUGCGGCCCUUACACCGAUCGCGAAGGCGAGAAUCUCGCUCAUUGGAAGACUGGGAUCGAUAUGCUGCGAGCAGUAUUUCCAGCUCUACAAAGCUUUUCACCAGAUCAGCCACAUGACAUCGGCGAGAAGCCGGCUUCCCUAGAUAGCGCCUCGAACCUCUCUCGCAACCAUUGGGUUUCCACCUCUGCUCAGGAACUCGGUACUUUCCUCAAACAAGGUCGUGCUCUGAACGCGCAUACACCGACUUUGCGGAUCUCCAAUACCUUUGAACGUUUCCAAGAUGCUGAAGCAGCUUUCCUUCGCUUCGCACAGCACCGCGAAGUCGGUUUGAUGUACCAGAAUUGGGAGAUUAUUGGCGGUAGUACCUCAGAGAUGACCGCUCAAGACUUUUGCAAGCGAUACGAAGUUCGCAUGUCAAAGGAGAGGCGCGCGACCUCCGACGAGUUUAGAAACCUUUUGAGCAUCUCCGGAGCAGCUCUGGAGCACGUCGUACCAGGGCCAGACUGUCUUCGGAACCUUGGAUACAGCUUGCUCAAUGAUCUCAAGGUUCAGGUUCAUCUCGACGAACAAUCUCAGUUUGGACCAGCCGGAGGCAAAGAGACAAAGACGCGAACAAUCGACUGCGAGGCCUGCCUUCAGUUCGUGUUGUAUGGAGAGCGGUUUUCAUUCUCUGGGUGGCACCUGGAUGUACUAAAUGGAACGUGGCUGACAACCAUCACCGGCUUCCGUGCCUGGUUCAUAUAUACUGGACCAUGGACCGAAAAAGAACAGAAGGAACUAGAAACCUCGGGGGCACAGUGGAGACCAGCUGCUGAACAUGUUGAAAUUAUUCUUCUCCGCCCCGGCGACACACUCAUCAUGAGACCUAGUCAUCCGGUAGUACACUGCGUCCUUACAUUGGACGACUCUAUUGCACGAGGAGGCAUAAUCUAG